UCAGUGCUUGUCAGGAAGAUGGGAUUCGUCGUGGACAAGGUGUCCGAGGACUCGUUCUACGAAAACCUGCUGCUCGGGGUGCCGAAAGUGUUGGAGAGGUGCCCGUGCGUUUCUAACGCGACGCUCGCGAGGUACCCGGGCGUAAGACAGGCCGAGCUGCGCGCGUGGGAGCACAACAACGGGGUGAUCUUGCCGGAAGACCUGCGCGCGUUCUAUUCUUCCACCAACGGGUUCCUGUACACUUACGACUUUUCGUACGACUACCAGGGGGGCGAGGGGCGGCCCCGCACGGGCAAGAUCGCGAUCAACCCCGUCAACGAACUCGUCAGGGUGUACGGGUACGAGACCAAGGGCGCGGCUCAAAUUGAAGGUUGUAGUUUAACGUUGUCACGCGAGAGUAAAGUGUUUGAGUUGGUCGCGGUCGACGGCGACGCCCGAGUGGUGCUCGUGUACCCCACGACGUACGCGCAGCCGUCCGUGUGGUUGUACCACGGCGCCAUGUCUUUCGCGUACCUCGCGGAAGACUUCACGACCUAUUUUCGCAUGUGCAUCGCGCACCUGGGCGUCCCAUGUUGGGAGUACGCGUUCUCAAACGACGGCCUACCCGAAUGGAGCCGUGAAAUUUUCACCCUGAUGGCGCCCGGAGUGCUGCUCGAAGACCGAAACCUGGUCGAAGCGCACCGCUACGACGUCGAUCACGUCAACGUGAUCGAUCACAACAUCUUCUCCGUGGCUCACCCAAAUCCCGAACGCGUCGCCAACGUGCGCCCUGCCGACCGACCCAAAGACAAGGGUAAAAACGCGUCUAAGAGGGCGGCCACGGCGAGAACCAAGAAAUAAAACCACCCCGUCGUUUGAACUUACUUUAUUUGCGCUAGCAUUAUUAUAAAUUUGAAAUAAAUAAACGCGUCCA